GCGAAAACAUGAACGGGGCCGUGUACAUUUCGUUUUUCCAGGGCCAGCUGGAGUCCGUGCUGGAACAAGUCGUUCAGCUCGCCGUCCAGGAAAUAAGCAAGACGGUGGGAUCCAGCCUGAACACGCUGCUGCUGGAGACGGCCGUCAAGGAACAAGAAAACCGCCGACUCAGGCUCCAGCUGCAGUCGCGGGAGAGCCGGGGCCGAGCCAGCACCAACCCCGCGGACGGCGGGGGCUCUCCGGCGGCUGGUAAGAACAAGGCUGGCAAGGCGGCGGGGGACGAGAGGGCGGACAGCGGCAGAACAAAGCCCGAGCAGAGGCAGCAGCAGCAGCAGCUACACGCCCCCGGAGGGCAGGGUACCGAGCCCGGCGUGCCCACCGACACGCGCCGCCUGGAGCAGAGAGGACGAGUCGUGGACCAGCUGAAGUCGGUCAUGGAGCAGGUCCUGGACUUCGCUGUACGCGAGCUGACGAAGAUCGUGGAGGCUUCGUUCGAUGACCUGCUGCUGGAGAUCACAAAGAUGGAGCGAGAGCAGCAGGUCCUGGAGGAGAGGCUGGAUAAGAGCUCUGACAGAGGAAGAGGAGGAGGAGGAGGAGGAGGCGCUGGGGGGAGGAGGAGGGGGUCGGAGAAUGACUCGGUCUCCCCCAGCGGCUCUGAGGACGCCCGGGAGGAGGUCGCUGAGGUCACAGUGUCCAAGGAGACGGAGAAGAGAAACGACCCGGAGCACCCCCCCGUCCUCUCGGCCUCUCAGGACUGGGUUCCCAUCCUUGACAAGGUAUUUGGUCAAAGGUGGUGCAGCGAGAUCAAAGAGCUCGAAGGAGGCGGGCGAGAAGGAGGGAGUGGGCGGAGUCUGGGUGAGGGAGGGGCCCAGCAGGUGCAACAUGUCUCCGCCUCCUCUCUGAGCCUGGAGCCCUCCCCCUCCUCCCCCCAGCAGGACCCCCGUUGGACUCCGCUGGAGGACAUGGAGGUGUUUUCUCCUGACGAAGAAGCUGCAGACAGUCAGAAGAGCGCAGGAGGAGGAACCGCCACGACCAGACCCUCUCCUGGACCCCCCCUCAGCCCCACAGGAUGUUCAGGUCGCCGCUCGUCUGCCUCGAUGCUUCAUCGUCUCCUGACUCUUCCGUCUCAGCUGCUGGAGGAGGACGAAGAAGACCCCGCUGUCAACGAAACGCUCGCCGCCCUGGCGACCGACAUCGGCAACGACCGCCGAGAUGGCCGGACGUGCCCGUCGCCCUUGGCAACCAGGGAGGAGGAGGAAGAGGAGGAGGAAGAAGAUGAAGAGGGGGAAGACAAAGGGAGGAAGAAGAAGAGGCGGCGGGUCUGGUCCGAGUGUGAGGAGUGCGGUCGGAGGUUCAGUCGGAUGUCUCUCCUGAAGGCUCAUCGUCAGACUCACGCCGCCGAAAACACCGCCGCCGACGCCGCAUCGCCCUCUUCUCCGCCGGCCGGCAAUGCCUCGGCGCUGCGCUGUUCGGAGUGCGGGAAGAGGUUCUCCUCCGCGACCCGCCUCCACAGCCACAUCCGGACCCAGCACUGAACCGGGUCCAGAACCCGACGGGACUGGAGCUUCAACAGAGUCCGACAAAGGCUGAGCAAAAAUCGGAGAGCAGAACCGGAGGAGGAUCCACAGGCCUGAAGACUGGAUCAGAACCAGAGACCAGAAACCACAAAAGGGACCCAACAGGAUCUGAGUCCAGUAGUGGAGCGGCGGGAUGGUAGACCGAAGCUUUUACUCUGAAACAGAUUCAUCUCUUAUACAAUAAAUCGUUUAGUCUUUGAAAUGACAAAGUUCCAACGUGACGUCUUCAGAUGUCUCGUCUCCGACCGACAGUCUGAAGCCCGGAGGUUCGGUUUUAUCAGUGAGCCGACACGUUAGAGAUUAUUCUUCUUAUUAGUCUCCAGAGCAGCAGCUGUUAAUAAUUCUGACAUAUUAAGUCACAUUUGUUGUUUUUAAACAUAUCAGAUAACAAUGAGAAGAAAUUCACAAUCAACAGUGACAUCAUCGGCCUACCCGCAUCAUCAGCAGAGAACCAAUCACAGUGUCUCUGGAGGCAGGUCACAUGGUCCAUUAUUAUCCUGGACCAAAUGGAGUCUGAUCACUGGUUCUGAUUCGGUCCAGUUCUGGAUUCGUUAAGUUCAGAAGCUUCUCGAAUCUUUAGUCUGUUUCAUCUGUGAUGUCACUUUGCUGAGACGAAGAACAACACAAAGGUCCCGAAAACGUGUUUUCUCGAGCGGUGGCGGGGCCCGACGUCGGUGUUUUCAUUUAGAUGUGAGGACAGCUGGCGGUUUUUAAGUGUUAAACUGUUAGAAAGUAGAAAUGACUCAUGUUAGCUGUGACGAUGCUCACUUAGUGAAGAAUGUUGAGGAUGAACACUUCAGAGCGAAACCUUUUCAGGGGCUUUAACGUUACUUUAAGAUGAAAGUUAAUGGAUUUGAAAAGGGAUUCGAAAGGAUUUGAAGUUGAAUCCAGCGGCGGACCAGAAACCUGCUGAGUAGAUCUGGAACAGGAAGUAAAAACUUCAGAGGAGAUGAAAUAGACGAAUCAGAUCAGAGGAAAUUAAACCGAACACUUGAUGAGGAGGCCUCAGAUCAGAUCACAAGAACAGAUCUUCCUCCUCCUGCUGUACAUCCACCUCUUCUUCUUCUCCUCCUGUAAAGUUCGUAAAAGCCUCGUCGUCGACAGGAAGCGAGCUCCGGCUGCUGCAGGUGAGUUUCUGUCCCGGCAGGUGAAUUUUUUUGCAAUAAGCUUGUUGCCUUGGCGGUCGGACGGUCGGAGCGCCGCUUCCUGUCUCCCCCCCCCUGCCCAGUGGUGAUGAUUGUGGUUUUGGUUUUCCGUGGACCUGUACACAAGGACAGAAGAAGAAGAAGUGACCUUUGGUUUUUCUACCUGUUCGUUUUUAAAGUGCUCUUUAUUGUUUUUCUCAGCCAGCUGUUUUUUCUCUUUUUUUAAUGUUUUGGUCGUCGGGUGCGUUUUGUCGUCAUAUUUUAGACUUUUGGACGAUCUUUGAGGAUUCUUGCGUCGCUCUUACAGAAAAACAAACAAGGACGAUGAAGCUUCGUCAGUGGCAACCAUUGAUUUUGACUCAAUGAAUGUGAAUCUCAGCAGUUUUUAUCCUUUUUACGUUCGUUGUACAGUUUUUACUUUUCGGACUGAGCUGAGGAUGAAGAAACGAGAGAAAGGUUUUUAAAUCUGUGCCGGUUUACUCCUCUUCCUCCUUUCCUUACAUCCAUCCUUCCUUCAUCGCUCCCUCGUUCGUUGGUUUGACCUCAUGUUAACACACAGAUACCUCCUGACGAACAAAGGAGACCACGUCAUGCGCUUUGUGCUGCCAGCCAUUGUUCUUCAGCUAAUUCUAUUCUUUGGUGAAUCUGACACGUAUGGAAGCUCGUUACUGCCGAGAACAGAAAAGCGACAAAAAUUAAAAAAACACUCGUUGUACGUUAAAAUAAUGUGCCGCUAAAUCAAAAUGUACAUUUAUCCUAGAGAUAAAUAAAUUACUCAGCAUCUCAUAUUCAUGAUGAGACAAAGAGCUUUCAGUCAUUUUUAAUGAGAUUUUUUGUUUUUGUUUGUAAAAUUUGAGAGGUAAAAGUUAUGAAUUAUAUUAUAUUUGUUCCCAGAAAUGAGCUUCCAUAUUUCUACCUGAUAGAAAUGAGAGAUUUAAUGUCCAAAAAAUGACGAGUGUCAAAUAUAAAACUGCCCAAAAACACAAACGACACAAAGCAGAAUCAGAGAAAAGCAGCAAAACAGAAAUAAUGUUGUAAUUUAGUGAUAACUGAUCACAUGAUCGAUAUAUAUUUCCAGAUGUUAGAAGAUAGUUUUGGUGCAGCAGCGUUCAGAGCCUGUUCUCUUGACUGAAACAGACCAAAAACCUGAACCUGAAGUGUUAAAAUAUCUUUAUUAUUCUGAACAGACCAGAUAGAAAAGGACUGAAUAGAAACUGGACUUUGUUUUGUCUGAGCUUUAGGACCAAAUAUGGGUUUAAUAUAAAAUAUGUGUCACCUGACGCUGGAUCAAAUACGAGCUCAGCCCAACAGGAAGUCCUGUUCACGUCCCUCAUUUUCAUUGUUUAACGGUUACGUGCUGUUAUAUAGAAGCCUGCUCCUGCCUAAAUAAACUGAUUUUAAAAUCUGUACUGAUAAAAAAUUCUCACAUUCAGGAUGUAGCUCUUUAAAUUAAACCCUGAAGUUAUUUAUUUUUUUAGAUUGAAUAAAUUAUUGCUCCAGAAAUUAGUCGUCCCAUCAGUGGAAACAUGAAGCUGUGGCAGACGAGCGCAUGAUGCUUCGUUGUUUUAUCACAUUGUUACUCUACAUAAUCUUUUUCUCCAUUAAAAUAUGUUGAAGGGACCUCAAAGACCAGAUUCAGCACUACGUCACCUCGCGUGUCGGUUAAAGACCAGAAUCAAACCAUGAAAGUCAAGUGUCCAGACUCCUGUCCACUAGUUUAACCAGAGAGACGAGUUCAUGGAAACUGUCCCGCCGCCGAGCCUCUGUUCAUGGACUCAUUCCUGCCGGUUCAUGUGUCUGUGCAGCACACUCUGGAUGUGGUGGGGGGGUGGGUGGUGGCGAAUGGAAGGAUCAGAGAAAUGUAUGACGCUCGUGUUUCGAUGUCGUUUCUGCUCUGUUGCUUCAGCACGAACAAUCAGCUCUUCAUCGUUUUUACGCUUUGUAAAUGUGCAAACUGAAACUUUUUACCUGUUUGAAGAAAGAAAAUUAAGCAAUAUGAAGCCAAAACUCUGCCGAGGGCCGGAGUUUGAUUUGUGGGGCGAGGAUCGUAGAAGAGAGUCUGCUGACAGCAGCUGGUUUGGUUUUGGUGGAUCGUGACCCGGGUCUCUCGGGUCAAAUACUUCAAUUUGAUAUCAGGAUAAUGAUGAUUAAUAAUUUACCGUUCAGUUUCCUGUCGUUGCCUCUGAACGCCGCUUAAAUAACUAAGACUUGUCGUCUGCGUCACCCAACCGCUUUUCUGCAAACGCCGAGCGUGUCAUCUGAUUGGCUGAACUCCAGCCUCCACACGUGUUCACUCACAGUGCUGCCGAACAGUUUGAGAACGCUUCAGUUUCCUGUUUGUCUCCAUAAACGUCACCUAAAAUGUGAUCGGAGCUUCAUUCGAGCCCAGAAAGAGAUAAAGAGGAGGUUAAACAAACGCUUUAAUUUAUUGGGCCGUGUUUUCCAGCGCUAAGCCUCUUUGUUGGAGAAAGUAUGUGAACCUCUGGAAGAGUCUAACUGGAGGUGUUUGAAUCAAAGGGAUGAGAGUCCUGUUGAAAGAGUAGAGAUGUGGUCUUCACCACCCUGACUCGAGGAAGAGAUUCCUGCAGAGCUCAGACAAAAAGUUGUGGAUGGUCACCAGACUGGAAAAGGUUACAAAACCAUUUCCAAAGAGUUCGUCCUCCAUCAGUCCACCAUCAAUACAAACAGGAAAUUCAACACGACGUUCCUCUCGUCAGGAGCGAUCGUCCAACAAAAAUCCCUCCAACCGAAAUACAGGAGGUGACGAAGAAGCCCCGGGUAGCAUGGAAGGGUCCGCAGGCCUCGACGAACGCUGAACCAGAACGAAGCAUGUGACAGGUUAGCGAGGACCAACGUUCCAUAGACGGAUGAGUCUAAAAUAGAACUUUUUGGUUUAAAUGAGAUUGAGCAUAUUUGUUGAAAACCAAAUGCUGGCCGCAGUCCAGCCUAAGAACCAGCUCGUAGCGGUCCGGGAAUGGUCUGGUGCCUCAGGACCAGGGCUUACAGUCGGUGACAGACCUAUGAAUUCUGGGUCAUACCUUAAAAUCCUGCAGGACAACGUCGAGGUGUCCGUUCAAAAACUGCAGCUCAGCAGAGGGAGGAUCAUGACGCGAGACGCAGACCCUGAACACACAAGUCAGUCUUCCAAAGAACGCUUCCAGUAGAGAAGAUAGGAUAGUGGUUAGUCCAGUGGUGGUCCAGCUGUGGUCCAGACCUGAAUCCCACAGAAAGACCUGAAGAGAGCAGGAAGCCCACCAGCAGCGCAAAAGUCCAGGGGGUCACACCAAAGGCUCACAUACUGUUUCCAACAAAGACUCUUGUGUUUAAAUUAACUCAGUAAAAAGGUGUUUUUUGUUUCGUGUCCUCGUUGUCGGAUGAAGAACUGAUGAAACAGAAACAGAAGAAGCUUCGCAGACGCUCUCGCAGCACUGUUCCUCAUUUUUCCUGUGAAACAUUUCAAGACUUUUCGUUUUUCCCGUUUCCACACGAACCUCAUUACCUCAGUAGACGUUUGCCGUUGAUGUUUGACUGCGAUAAUGUGUAUUUUUAUUUGUUCUGUUUCAUCUUGAAUGCGUCUCAGCUUUUUAAAACGCGGCCUGAUGCUGUCGGGUACAAACCACAAAACUGCAAAUGCACAAAGUUCUCAGGUUUGAAGAUGGAGUCUCUUUAGAUUUUUUAAUGAAUACAAACGAUCAUCUUUCAGGACUUCCAUACACUGACUGGUUUUAACAGGUCGGAUAUUUGGAAGCUCAGACACGCCAAGGUAAAAACCGCUGAAAUGAUUUGAAAUGUAAAACAUAAAUAAAUAUUAAUACUCGUGGUAAAAAUGACGAGACUUUAUCUGACAGCCUCAUAAUUUUUACUUGUCGUGAGUAUUUUUAUUUUGUCAGUCUUAACAACUCUUUUUUUUUUUUGUUUCCUGGUGUGAAUGAGCUUCCAUACCGAGCUGUAAACAGAUGGCUGAUGUUUCUGAUUAUUUAGAAAUACAUCAAUAAUUGUUUGGUGUUCCUUCUUUCGCUGUUUUACCUUUUUUAAGUCUUGUCAUUCGUUACACAACUGUAACGUUACAAACAUUUAAAUGGCAUUUAGUUUGAUUUACAUUAUCAGGACUGACAGUUUUCUGUUUGUGGAGCACCUUUAAAUUAAGUUAUAAAGAGCUUUAAAGGGAUUUAGGCAUUUCUGUUAUUGAUGCAGUUCAAAUGAAUGCAGCUAAAAACUAACAAAGAUCAAACACAAAGAUAAAAUUAAAGGAGAUUAAAACAUGAAAUUACAGGAUAAAAAAUAAAAGUGUGAAAUAAUUUGAAGGAAUAAUCAGCCAUUUCCACGUUCUGCUGCUGUCUGAUGCUUCUGUGCAUCUUUUGUUUGUUUUUUUUAACCAAAAACGCACAAAAAAUUAGUUUUUGCUUUCAAGACUGCAGUUAUGUGAUUUUUACAGGACAGCAGCUGCUACACUGCACUGUGUACAGAUUAGAAAGGACAGCUGCGAGGAAAACCUCGUAUCUCCAGACAUGAACCUCUGCUGCUGUCUGACGUCGAGCUGAUCCAGAUGUUAAAGUGCUGCAAACAUCUGCAGUCGACAGAACACAAAGGUGAAUAUUAGCUACAGAGGUGGUUAACAGGUUUUCUCCUGACGGCAGCAGCAUCAUGUGACCUGUUGACCAAUCAGUGCUCCUCCUGUCCUUGUUUACAAAGCCAUAGAAGAGAGAAAUGCUUCUGGAAACACAAAAAGGGAACACAGAGAGAAAACCGGCUGUGUGUAGAAACGAAAGUCAUUUCCAAACUGUCGGAAACCCUCAAAAAAUCCUGAACACGAAUAAAAAGUUAUUAUUAAUAACCCAUGGAACCGAUAACAAUGUUAGUUUAUUUAACCUGUGGACACGGGAGGGACAAGAUUGUUGUCAGAAAACCUUUUUCUGUCCACAAAGGUUUAUGGGAAGAAUUUGGAGACAUUCAAACAUGUCUAAUAACAACAGGAAAACAAACUCACAGAGGUCUUUAACUCUUAAUUAUAUGAUACAGAAAUUAUAUGUAAGACGUAGCAUCGCUUUACAUUUGUGAGAUAGUAAAUCAUUAACUGUGAUACUGCUCAUGUACUAAUGAGAACUUGGAGCUAAAAUCAUUACGAGAUACGCUUGUUUAUCUGCUCUGAAUGUUGUCUCAUACAGUAUCUCAGAACGACCAGGAAACGUCCGGUUUCUCUACGAUCGGUUUUCUCUCCACAGGCCGAGUCCUAGUGAUCAAAGCUCAUGAAGUAAUUCUUCAUUUCCGACUGAUGCAUUUCUCUCACAGCAGGAGGAUCAUGAAACCUCUCUGUAGUUUUAACGUGUCGUUCAUCACGUUAGUUUAAGCACUGAGACGCAUUCACGUGUACAUUUCACACUCCUGUGAUUUUGAUUGUGUUUGAUGGCAGUUUUCUGAAAAGUGGUUGUGUUGUUCCCACGUGGAGAGAAGACGAUGUUGUUUCAGUUCAGCCUCAUCGUUAAAAGUGCAGGCCGCGAAGGAGGGAAUCGCGUCUGCGGUGAGACCGGGAGCCCGGAGGGACCUCGAUCUUUAAAGCAAAGAGUUCUACAGGGUUCCUUAAAGAAACCCUACAGGGUCAGUUUGUAGAAGUGAAGCUGGAGUUUCUAAAACUCAUGAGGGGUUCCUCAGGGAACUGUCUGAGGUCCUCUUACUGUUUGAUGCAAAUGAGGGGAUGAAAGGGAUGUUUUACUGUUUUUAAGUUGUAUUAUUUUCCAUUUAAAUUGUUUUACUUUAAGCAGACUGUAUGUGUGAAAUGAUUGAUGUUCAAAUCCCUGAGGGUUUUUUACUUUUAUUCUAAAUAUGUUUCUACUCCCUGUAUGAGCUUAAUGAACUGACUUGAUCUUGUUUUCGAAGAAAGUUCACGUCAGUGUUUGGAUUUGAUGCAAUACUUUUGAUAAAAUGUGCCCUUUUUGUAAUUCAGCACUCUAAUUAAACCAAAUCUAAAAGAGUUUCCUAUUUGAUAAUACAACUGAAAAAGUGCUGGAGUUGGAUAAUGGACAGUUCAAAUUUCAGUCAAUGUGAAAAUUAACUCAAAAUUGAUAUGACCGUUGACCAUUUCGUGACCAGUGUCAGUUCUGAGUGAAUUUUUGCCAACUUUUUACAUCUUAAACCAGUGAAAUGGAGAAUAUUCACUGUUGUGUUUGGCUGUUUUACCUGGUGGCCCACGUUGAUCACAGCAGCACCGUCUGAAUGUCAUUUAUGCCAAGUUUCAACUGUCUGCCAUGAUGAUAUGAUGAUGAAGGCCAUGGUGAUGGUGUUUUUUUAUUUGUAUGACCUGUUUUAGUCUAUGAGACCGGGUACUUUAUAGUGUUGAAAUUCAAACAAAACCAAUAAAUGUUCACAACUGCCA